CUUCUGUGAGAUGUGACUGCGUGACGUGCCUCUGUGGGCUACAGAGUGUUUACUUGCGUUUAUUUUCAGCGUAGUGCAUUCUGAGUUUCAACAAUUCGUUCGGUUAUCGUGGAAAUAUCGUAGGAUUGGUCGACGAAGAGCAGCGAGCUCGGCAGUGUAGUGGAUUUCUCGCAUAGAACGAGAAUCAACGAGAAUGAAAGGUUAAGUUCGACACGACGGAAUGAGUGUACGCUAAGAUAAGCAAAAUAUGUACACGAAAGUGCCGUGCCUUACGCGAGCUGGACUCCGAAACUGUGAAAAGCAGAAGUUGGAAAAGUAGACACGUGCUCGUAGGUGAAAUGAAGUGUACGUGUACAAGAGAGAAGCGAGCGAAAAGAGCCAAGAAUUUUCGGAUUUAAUGCUGCUGCAGUGAACACACUGCGCGAGCCAGCGCGUUCACACAGCGGGAGGCUACUUGGUCCACGGCAGCAGUGGCGUGGGCGAGGGCGAAGCGUGGUGGGGGAAGAUUAGACUCUUAGCAGAGUGAAGGAGACGACGCUUAAUCGAAAGAGACUAGGAAUUAUCUAGCUUUCGAAGUAUUCGAGUCGAGCGCGAUCCGACGCAGACAUGGAAACUAUCCAAUAAUCAUGAGUAGGGAAAACUUGGAAAGAGCUAUUAACUUUGGCGCUAAAUAUGGAAAACUUUCAUUCGAGAUUUCUUCACAAUCAUCUGACGAUUCAAAUUUAAGCCUGUCCGAUAAUGCAAGCCAUUGUGCGAAUACUCCACAUUCUUUGCAAUAUAUGGCUACGCCAUUGUCUUACAAUGCUAGUCGUUAUCCAAGUUAUAAUUCGAACUUAUCAAAAACUCGAAAAACCCCCAGUAUCUACAAGCCCAAGUAUCACGCGAUAUUACAAGAUGAUGUUACAGUCAAACAAGUGCAUAGUGAUUUGCCGAGUGUCAAACGGUUUCAUCAGCAUAUAGCAGAGCAUAUCGAUGACAACAAUGAUACAGUUAUCGAGGCAAUCGAUCUAACGUUACACAAAUUUCGGAAUCAUCAGGAUGCUGAGCCUCUUAUUGAAGAUGAUCAAACAAUUGUCGAGGCGAUCGAUCUUAGUUCACAUAAAUUUCGGCAUCAUCGAUGUAGCCCUGGAAUACGCCAGGAGCCCGAGCUUUCUCGUAAACGCUGCUACAGCGAGCGCAUUAUGGCGGAGCUUGCAUUUGAACAAACUCCUAAUUAUAAUACAAUUUCGCCACCACAAAUGUCGCCGGGGCCUUUCUUAGGCAAUACGAGACUUGUCGAAGUGAAGCAACCACGGCUCGAUUUAAUGCAUGGCGAGGACGGGCAAAUCCUCGACACCAGUUGCGAAUACAAGGCAAUGUCAACCGAACUCAGGAUAAGCGUUCAGUCGAGCAGCCCAACGCUCGACAAACAGUCUUAUCUGAACAGUGCGCUAUCGACUGCUGUACACCUUUCGAGUAAUUCUAGUGAUCUCUUGCCGUUUAGUCUUACUCCAAGUGUACCCUGCGGAAACUCGUUCAACCAACCAGCAAACAGUUUUCAUGAUGAACCGAUAAAUCUUUACGUACCGGACACUCCGGAACCAAAGAGUAUAUCGGCGCAGCUAGUAGCACUUAAUAUGCAGCGGACUGAAAGGGAUACCACUUCUGCCCAUCAACCGGAACAAUUAGAAAGGUUACAACAUAUCAAUCCGAUAAAUCGAAUGAGCGACCUCAGUUAUUUUUCACGACCAAGUUCGUUGCCGUCUGGACCGGGAACGUUCGCGUCUAUAAAACAUAAUGGCAUCGCAUCAACGGUUCAUACUUCGGAUCUUACAAGCCCUGAAAUCCUGCGAUCAAAAAAGCCUUAUGGCCAAUUGUAUUUAAACGGAUAUGUUUAUACUUACCUAGGCCUUGCUUGCUCGACUGAACUUUUCUACUGUACUUAUAAUCGACCACAACCGAUGUACGCAAAGCAUUACGCUGGUUUCUCAAUGUAUUCCGAAUGGGAAAAAAGUAAAGGUACACUGAUCUCACUUGAAUUCGGUCGCUUCGAAUCACGAAAUCGACCAGCUGGUUAUACUCUCGCUUAUACUCGGUCUGCGGAUAUCCUUACACCUUCAUCGUGGCGAUCAAAUUCACCAGCAAGUCCUGGCAAGAAACUAGAAAGCCAUGAUCAAGAUACAAAUAAGAGCGAUGAAGUCCAAAAUCAGUUGGAACAGUCACAACAAUUGCCUUUGGAACAAAGCGAACAGCAAUCAAGCAUCGAUCUUUGUGAAAAAACGCUUAAUCUUCCUACUACUGAAUGUAUUGUUGAAAAACAGCAAGAGCCAUGUGCAAGUCGUGAAAUCGUAGUUGCUGUAACAGAAUUCAAGUCAGAGUCAUCGUUCAACACGUCCAGAUCUGAGAUGCUAAGAGAAGGAGAAACCUUUCAACCGACCGUACAUAAUGUAAACAACUAUAUAAGUAUUAGUGAAGAUGCGCCUAGUGUUUGUAAGAUUUGUAAUAAAGUAUUCAAGGAAGCUAGUAAGCUCAGGACUCAUAUGCCUAUACAUUUCGUGGGACGGCCAUUUAGGUGCGAAAGUUGCAAAAUAUCUUUCCGUACAAAAAGUCUUCUCAUGAAACACGAAAAAUCAGCUGAUCAUCAGAAUACGACUACUACGAACUCAACCUCUGGUGUUGCAACGACGAGUGAUCCUCGGCCAUUCAAGUGUUUCGACUGUGCAUUAGCAUUUCGUAAACAUGGUGUUCUGGCUAAACAUUUCCGUAGUAAAACGCAUAUUAUGAAAUUAGAAUGUUUACAGAAACUGCCGUUUGACACUUACGCUGAACUGGAAAAAGCUGGUAUGAAUCUCAAUGAGAUUGAUACGACAGACUGUGAUACUAGUCUUGCUAGCCUACGAAUCAUGGCAGAAACACUUUUUGGCAAAAAAGCUUGAGCCAUGAGAAUCCUAGUAGAAAUUUUAAGUGAAAUGUUAAGAAGCAAGUUUAAGAGGAUAUAAUAGACAAAUGAAAAGAUACGCAACAUUAAAUUUUGAAAUUUAUUAUAAGAAACUGUUAAGAAUAUGAUGAAGAAUGUCUAUUACUGUUUAUGACUUGUUUAAAUUUUAUACAUUACCUCAGACAUUUUUAAAAUUAUAAAGUAUAAAACGCCCUACUGAAAAUUGUAUAUAUUUAAUUGUUCUACGAAAAGGCGCUAAAAUUAAAAUCGAGUAAUAUUUUUUGUUUUAGAGCAAUAAAAUAUUGAUUGAAAAUUCAAAGCCCAGAAGAAUGCAAAUAUAGAAAUUAAGAAUAAUUUUGUUUGGCCAAACAACUCGCAUGUGGGAAUUGCAAUCUUUAUGCAAUGAAGCGCUUGAUUGUAUUAAAGUUGUACAAACUCAAACAGGUUUUAGGCGAUUAUUAUAAUAAGUUGGUUUGGGGCAUUUGCUGUAUCAGAAAUAAGCGACCUGACUACAAAUUUUCGUACAAGACUGAAUUCAACUAUAUUGAAUAACAUAUAUUUUUGUACAUUUGUAUAAAUAUUUUUACUAACCUUGUAAAUACAAGAUUUUUAUAAGACUAUAUUAAA